GCCUCCUGCUGCUGAUUGUGCAGGACGCGUCGCAGCAGCAGGAGACAGGAGCGGCGGUCGGGCUCUUUAAAUGGUUAUUUACUUUAAUUUUCAGCUAUCGGAGCAGCCGUACGGGACUUGUGUCAUCCAUGAAACCGAGUCUGGUCACGUAAGCAGCGGGAUCGCGGUCGGAGGGCUUUUAAAAGGCUUCUUUGGGGAAAGUUUGAAAGCCAGCGGAGUUCGGCGGAAAGCAGUCAGCGUGCCAGGGAUGUGUUGCGCCAUGUAAACCAGUUUGCCCAGCUUUCCGGGAAGUUUCCACCGCCGCUGUGAUUGACAUCCAGGAAAAUCUCCUCAGAAGUGACAAGCCGUCGGCCAACAAUGGCAGGUCUAAGCAACGUCCACAUGAAAACCCUGGAGGACCUGACGCUAGACUCUGGAUACGGCGCGGGGGACUCCUGCAAGUCCCUCAGCCUGUCCUCCUCCAAGUCCAAUUCCCAUGCCUUCAUGACGACCCCUCACCGGGGGAACUGGUGGUAUUACUCUGGCUCUAUGAACAGCAGGAACAACAGCUGGGACACCGUCAACACUGUCCUCCCCGAGGACCCGGAGGACAUCUUCUCCAAGUGCCACCGCUUACCUGAGCUAGAGGAGUUCCCCUGGACCGAGGAGGAGGUGGCCAGGGUGCUGCGCAAAGUGGCCAAAAGUGGUGGGAAUGCCAAGUGUGGGUCUGCGGCUGUGUUCUCCCAGGAAGCGGUGAGGCGUCUGUCCGCUCUCCUCCGCAGGGCUCUCAUCCGCGUCUCCAGGGAGGCCCAGCGGCUCAGCGUCAUGCACUGCCGGUGCACGCGUUUCGAGGUGCAAAGCGCCAUGCGGCUGGUGCUCAGCUGGGCCCUGGCGGACCACUGCGUCUCCGCCACCGUCAAAGCCAUCUCCAUGUACUGCAUGAGCGCAGGCGAGCUGCUGAGGAAGGGCAAGUCUGCGCGCUGCGGCCUCUCCUUCUCCGUGGGGCGAUUCUUCCGCUGGAUGGUGGACACCCGCAUCUCCGUGCGCAUCCACGAGUACGCGGCCAUCAGCCUGACUGCGUGCAUGGAGGCUCUGGUGGAGGAGAUAGGAGGCCGGGUGCUGAUGGCCGAAAGGGGUCAUUCGGGGCCGGAUUCUGGGUCCGGGUGCGCCCCUGUGAGCGCGGAGGCCCUGGAGGCGGUGGUGAACAAUGAUGCCGAGCUGUGGGGAGUCCUGCAACAUUAUGAGCACCUGAUCUGCGGGAAGAACGCCAAUGGUGUUUUGUCGCUGCCCGCCCAUUUCAGCCCCUACACAGAGAACCACCAGACGACUGCGGACAGCAGGGAGGACGCUUACGCCCAGCUGGAGCUCAGGACGCUGGAACAGUCCCUGCUGGCCACCUGUGUGGGCAGCAUCUCAGAGCUCAGCGACUUGGUAUCCCGUGCCAUGCACCACAUGCAGCGUCUCAGCUCAAUGCGCCCAGGACAGAGCCCUGCCCGUCACGCUCGUGCCCAGCAGCCUGUGUCCUGGUCGCCCGACGCCCUCCACACCCUUUACUACUUCCUGCGCUGCCCGCAAAUGGAGUCCAUGGAGAAUCCCAACUUGGAUCCCCCACGCAUGGCUCUCAGCAAGGAGAGGCCCUUCAUGCUGUUGCCCCCUCUGAUGGAGUGGAUGAGAGUGGCCAUCGUUCAUGCCGAGCAUCGCAAGAGUCUGUUGGUGGACAGCGACGAUGUCAGGCAGACCGCCCGGCUUCUCCUUCCAGGACUCGACUGCGAGCCAAGACAACUGAAGCCGGAGUGUUGCUUUAGCUCCUUCAAGCGUCUGGACUCCAAAGCGGCCAUAGAUAAGUUUAACCUGGACUUGGGUUUCCGCAUGCUCAACUGUGGACGCACAGAUCUCAUUGGUCAAGCUAUUGAUCUGCUCAGGCCGGAUGGGGUCAACAGUAUGGACGACCAGGGUAUGACCCCUCUGAUGUAUGCCUGUGCAGCAGGAGACGAGGCCCUUGUCCAGAUGCUGAUUGAUGCGGGAGCCAACCUUGAUGUGGCGGUUCCACUUUGCUCCCCAAAGCAUCCGUCUGUGCAUCCUGACAGUCGACACUGGACAGCCCUCACCUUCGCAGUGUUGCAUGGACACAUCCCUGUUGUGCAGCUUCUGUUGGACGCAGGAGCCAAUGUGGAGGGUGCAGCGGUCCGAAAUGGACAGGAGUCCACGGCAGACACUCCGUUGCAGCUGGCGUCGGCAGCAGGUAACUAUGAGAUGGUGACUCUGCUCCUGGCACGUGGAGCUGACCCCUUAUCAAGGAGCCAGGAUGGAAAUGCUCUUACUUCUUCUCUUUAUGAAGACAUGAACUGCUUCAGUCACGCUGCUGCACACGGACACAGGAACGUGCUGAGAAAGCUACUGACUCAGCCCCAACAAAUCAAAGAGGAUGUCCUGUCUCUGGAGGAGAUCCUAGCUGAGGGAGUGGAGGAUGAAGUUUCAGGGCUGUGCCCUUAUCUUCCACCUCCUUCCAACGGCACGCCGGCACCGCAGGAUGCAGGCAUACCCAAGCUCUGCAAGGCCAGGAUGAAGGCUCUACAAGAGGCCAGCUACUACAGUGCUGAGCACGGCUAUCUUGAUGUCACCAUGGAGCUUCAUGCAAUGGGGGUACCAUGGAAACUGCAUGUGUGGCUGGAAUCCCUUCGCUGUGCUCAUCAGCAGUCCAAGACAGGGGCCACCCUCUCUCUCCUCAGAGAGUUUACCACAGUCAGAGAGGACGACUACUGCGACGAACUCGUCACCACAGGCCUGCCCCUUAUGUUCACUAUCCUGCGAACCACCAAGAACGAUGCCAUUAUACAGCAGCUGGCAGCUAUUUUUAGUCACUGUUUUGGCUCAGCACCACUUCCAGACAUUCCUCAGAUGAAGGCGUCUCUUUCAGCUCAGUUGGAUCCACUCUUCCUGAACAACUCGGACAUGUCAGAUGUGACGUUUGUCGUGGAGGGAAAACCAUUUUAUGGUCACAAAGUCCUUCUGAUAACUGCCUCUGACAAGUUCAAAUCUCUGCUGGCGUCCUCGGGAUCGGAUGGAAGCCCCAGCAAAGAAAUUGAGAUCGGUGAUGUCAAGUACCACAUUUUCCAGAUGAUGAUGUCUUACCUGUACUGUGGAGGAACAGAGUCACUGAAAACAAACGUGUCGGACUUAUUAGAGCUCUUGUUCGCUGCUAAUCAUUUCCAGCUGGGGGCGCUACAAAGACACUGUGAGCUCCUCUGCUCCCGGCACAUAAACCUCGACAAUGCAGUCAGCAUCUACAAGACAGCCAAGGCAAACGGUUCAGUGGACCUGAGCGCAUUUUGCGAAAGUUUCUUCCUGCGGCACAUGCCGGCACUACUGGAAAAAGACGGCUUCAGGAGCCUUUUACUGGGAUCCCGACAAGGGAACAACUGCACUUCAUCUCUGGCUCGCAGCCGCGGUGACUCACCCCUGGACGAGCUGGAGGCCAUCCUGGCUCAACGUCUACGCUCGCUUUACAUUUCAUCUCAAGUCUGAAGGAAUACGAGCUGCUGCAAUGAGACGAGACGCAAAGUAACAUAAGCGGCAGAAGUUUUUAUGUAAAUACAGGUGGAUCGCUUCUGCAAAACUCUUGAGAGAGAGAAAGAAGAACAGAUCAGUGACUGAAUUGGUAGUUGUUGAUUCUGACCAUAGCAAAGCUUUGUGCCAAGUGCUGCAUAAAGGCAGUUACUGGAAGGAACAGUAGGUUUAUAAAAAGGUAGUUUUUGUUUUUUUUCCCUCCAAGGCUCAGGAAGCCUGAAUGGGGAGGCAGCUUUUAAUAAAACACUGCUGCCAUCUAUUGGAAGGCUAAUAAAGAGACUGGAUAAAGGAUUGCAUUUGAAGACUGGGAUUUGCAGCGCCCCCUGGAGUUUGGCUGAAGCCAUGUACAGUGACCACAGACUGAAGAUGCAGUGAGAGGAAGGCUCGGUCCCUUCUGUAGUAAUGUCAACGUUUAUAUCAAACAAGUACUUUUAUAUUGUUUUUUUUAACUAAAGUAUGACUAGAGAGACAUUCACUGCUAAGUUGGAUGAACGUUUUCUAUUUAAUGAGGAAAAAAAAAAAGAUGUGAAAGUAUUUAACGGGGUGUCCCCUUUAUUUCAUUUUUUAAUCUAAGCUAAUAUUUUAAAAAACGCUACAGCUGAUCAAGCAGGUAUACUAAUAGGUAAUUAAGCUUAUAUCCCGACAUUUAACAUAUAUUUAACACGUCUGUUUGGAUGCUGAUUGCCGGAAAUAAACCUGCCAAACAAAACUUGU